AUGCCACCAACACCUUCCUCUUCCUCGUUGAGUAUUUCCAGUCCAAGAGGUAUAUUGCCAAACAGUAAAACUGUGACACCUUCAAACAAGACACACAUCCAGACCUAUGGCUCUGUACUGUCUACCCCACCAUAUCUUGAUACCGAACAUGUCUAUGGUGCUCAUGAAAGCCAUUUAAAUCUCGAGCAUGCUUCUAGCUAUACUACAACAGUAGGGCAAGAUAAUAAUGACGAAGGUCUAUAUUUAAUGUGGACUCAUGAGCUCCUUCGUGAACGAGGAUUUACACCCAUAUCGUGCCGUUCCGAAGUGGACGAAGACGAAGAAGAUAGUAAUGAUGCUGGUCAGGACAGCGAUUGCCAAAGCACCGACAGUAGCGUAGAUAAUUCACCUGAGUCUUAUCGCCCUCAGUUCUUGUUUUCUCCUGCCCCUUCCUUCCUUGCUGAAUCAUCUAGUAGUCAGCAUUAUCCCCAAAAUGAAUAUACUUACCGGGCAGCUAUUCGGGGUAGUCAAGAGGAGGACACAGACCCUGUUUUUUCUCUGGCUCGACUAUUUUCCUUAUCUUCAUUUUGCUGUUUUCGUUAA